AUGAUUGAAGAUGCUUCACCGUUUAUACAAACUUUGCUGGGUACUGGGUUAACAUGGUUUGUAACUGCGAUUGGCUCUAUGUUUUGUUUCAUCAUUUCGAAUUCCUCAACGAGUCUAAAGAAUCAGAUUCUUGACGGCAGUUUGGGUUUUUCCUCUGGAAUUAUGUUAGCUGCAUCAUUCUGGUCCCUGUUAGAACCAGCAUUGGAGAUGGCUAAAAUUGACUUAGGUCUAGGUGCAUAUUGCGUCUUCCCUGUAAUGUGUGGAUUGUUCAUCGGUGCAGCGUUUGUUGGAUUAGUGGAUACUUUUUUACCUGCCCAGUGGCUCGAAACAGUGCCUGUGGCACUUAAUGAUUCUUACUAUUCAGUGCCUAUUCCAAGCCCUAGCAUUGUAUUUGAUACGUCUAUAAAACAACGUAACUGUUUGGUAAAUAGUUGUAUGGAAUCCAACAUCAGGCAUCGUUCUGAAAACACUAUACAAGCAUAUUCAUCGUCUUCAUCGAUGAAGGUUGAUAAUGAAAAAAAUCAACUUCCAAAAAUUGUGAUAACUCGUCGUUUAUGGUUGUUAAUCAUGGCGAUUACAGUACAUAAUAUACCUGAAGGUUUUGCAGUUGGUAUUGCAUUUGGUGGACUUGGACAAUAUUCAAGAACUACUUUCUCUCAAGCAUGUAAUCUGGCGAUUGGUAUUGCUAUUCAAAACUUUCCUGAAGGUUUGGCUGUCAGUUUACCGUUAUAUUCAGCUGGAUAUGGGUUUUUCAUUAGUUUCUGGUAUGGACAAUUGUCCGGUCUCGUAGAACCGUUUGCCGGGCUUAUCGGUUGUCUAGCCGUACAUUUCUUCCGAAGACUUCAGCCUUAUGCGUUAGGCUUUGCUGCAGGAGCUAUGCUAUUCGUUGUAGUUGAUGAUAUUAUCCCUGAAUCUCAGUCCAGAGGUCAUGGCCGACUAUCAACUGUCAUGGCCCUUAUUGGCUUCGCUAUUAUGAUGUGUUUAGAAGUGGUCACAGAGACCUAG